CCUUGAGAGAUACUAGUAGUGAAGAUCAAAGUAAAUAGGAAGUACUCAAAAGGAGAAUAAUCUUUGUACCUUGUUAUAUUGCGGCGAGAAUGAUGGCGAAUAUUGUUACAUUUACAUUAUAUUUAUGUGCCUUACACUUAGUAGCAUCUCUGCCACAACCACCAAUAUCCCCGUGUAAGCUGGAUGAUGCAGCUUGCGUCAAUUCAGCAGCUCAGGCCUUGCUGAACUAUAUACUAUCAGGAGUACCCGACGCCAACAUUGAAUCCUCUGACCCACUGUACAUUGAUCUUAUUGAAGCUAACGACAAAGGCCUGUAUUACAAAUACUCCAACUCCACAAUAACGGGCUUUAAGGAUUGUAAAAUCAGCAAUGUAAGGUUGUCUCCUAGCGAUUCGAAAUUGGACUUCGAACUCCAUUGCAAAGCGCAGAUGGCCGGAAAAUAUUUGCUAAAGGGCAGGCUCUUGAUAAUUCCCGUAGAAGGAGAUGGAAAUGUCAGAAUUCAAGGAGAUGAUUUAAAGUUUGUCGUGAACGCGGCCGUGAAGGAAACAGUUGAGGAUGGGGUCUCCCAUCUGAGCAUCAAGAACUUCAAGCUGGAGGUCAGCGCGGAGCAGCAGGUGCACUUCGAGUUCACCAACUUGUUCAAUGGGAACAAGGAAUUGGCUGAUGGGGUGGUCAAGUUUGCAAAUGCAAACUACCAGGAAGUGGUGAAAGAAAUUAGCCCGCCAGUGUUCUACGCCAUAUUCAAGAGAAUCUUUAAAAACGUCAACAAAUACCUCAAGCUUGUCCCGACGUCGGAGCUUUACUUACUGAAAAAUUAAUAUGCAUAAUGAUUAAAUGAAAGCUUAAUAUGAAAAA